CUGAAGCCGAAUCAGCAGUUUCAGAAUUUGUCAGAAAACUCUUGCUGGGACGAGUCUCUGGUAGACCUACCGUCUGACCGUCUGAUUUAUGCCCGCAGAUUGCAUCUGUCAUUUUGACGAGCCAACGCAUUGAUGGCGCAAGAAGGAGCUCCCACUAGUUUUCCGGAGCUCAUCCGACGAAAGCGGGAUGGUGAGCAACUAAGUGCGGCGGAGAUCCGGAGCUUUACGCGGGCAGUCAAACUCGGCACCAUCCAGGAUAGUCAAAUAGGUGCCAUGCUCAUGGCAAUUUGGCAGAAAAGCAUGGUGGCCGAUGAGACGCUCGCGUUAACACAAGAGAUGAUGCAAUCGGGCGAAAUUUUGCGAUGGCCAGAGGAAUGGACAGGGCUUGUGGUUGAUAAACACUCAACUGGUGGGGUCGGGGACAAGGUCAGCUUGCCUCUGGCCCCUGCUCUGGCUGCUUGUGGCUGCAAGGUCCCUAUGAUCAGUGGGCGUGGACUGGCCCACACUGGAGGUACGCUGGAUAAACUGGAGUCAAUCCCAGGAUUCAACAUCCACCAAUCAGUGCAACAGCUCCAGCAAAUCCUGCAAGACGUGGGCUGUUCCAUUGUAGGUCAAACAGAGACCUUGGUGCCUGCUGACCGCAUACUCUAUGGCCUCAGAGAUGCUACAGCAACUGUUGACAGCUUACCACUCAUUACAAGCUCCAUUAUCUCUAAAAAAGGAGCAGAGGGUCUCUGUGCACUGGUGCUAGAUGUGAAGUUUGGUAGAGCUGCCCUCUACAAGGACAUAAAAAGUGCUCGCGGUCUGGCUCAGUCACUGGUUACAACAGGUAACAGCCUGGGGGUGAGAACAGGUGCAGUGCUUAGCCGUAUGGAUGCUCCCAUUGGGCGAUGUGUAGGCAAUGCUAUUGAGGUGUGUGAGGCCUUGGAGUGCCUAAAGGGACGGGGUCCAGAUGACUUGAACGAGCUUGUCACCUCUCUUGGUGGGUAUCUGCUGUGGAUGAGCGGUAACUCCCCAUCUCUGGAAAAAGGGCAGACAGAGAUUGCUGAGGUCCUUCAAAAUGGAGCAGCCCUGCGCAAGUUCCAGGCCAUGCUGGAGGCCCAAGGAGUGUCUGCAGACAUUGCCAAAUCCCUUUGUUCACCACAUGCUGACUAUUUUCAACACAUGAGACAAGCGGAGCACCAGACAGAACUGGAAGCACAAAGCAGCGGAACAGUUUUGGAGAUCGAUGGCUUGGUCAUAGCUGAGGUGCUGCACAAGUUGGGGGCGGGACGCACCAAGGCUGGGGAACCCAUCAAUCACAGCGUUGGUGCGAAGCUCCUGGUUGGCUUAGGACAGGAAGUGAAGAAAGGGCAGCCUUGGCUCAGGAUCCACUAUGAUUCUCCAGCACUGAAUGCACAGCAGUGCUCUGAACUGCAGGCCUCCUUGGUGGUUGGUAAUGGUGCAAGUUUCCAUCCUAGUCCCAGGGUAGCAGAGUUCAUUCUGCCGUGUUGACUCUGCUCCUACAACCUCAGGAUCUCUAUGCCCACAGGACAGUGAGUGAGAGGGAGUGACUGAUUUUUUACAUCUUCAGUUGUCAACAAGGCAGGAACAGCACAAGUUCUCUUUGUUGUUGCCUUAUUUUUUAACUUGAAAUUGAAUUUAUAUUAUGUGAUCAUUAUGUUAUUACCACAUGACUAAGUGUGAUGUGUUCUUUGAUAAUGCAGCCAGAGCCUUUUAUAGCAUUUGCACCACUAAGGCAAUCAACCCGGUCAGGUCAGCUGGGACAGCUCAGCAGUGUUUGUGAGAUGAUCUGCUACCGUACUGGGAGCACGGUAUGUUUGUAUACUGGAAGGAGACAAAUGAUUGAUUAUACUGUUAAGUCUUUCUGUUGCCCACACAUGACUACAGAAACUUUGUGUCACUUUGAAACAUCUUUAUUCUCCAAAAUGUUUACACUUGUAUGACACACAGAUAUACGAUAUACACACAAGUCCCUCACAAUUCAAAUGUCUAAGGUUAAAGAUUUUCCAGAGCUGACAUGCAGUCCAAAGUCUGGUUUGAGCCUAUUUAUAUUCUCUCUGUUUUCUUUAAUAUGUCUUUACUACUUUACAUCAAUUUGAACAAUUUUAGAACAAUAUUGAGAGAACAUUACUCAUAUUGCUGCUUGAAAAUGAAAAUUCAGUAGAAAUAAAAACAGUUGUAUUAAUGUGGA